GAAAGAGGAGCAGCCGGGCCCAUCUGAAAGGGAGUCCCUCCUGGAACCCAGCACCCAGGAGGUCACCCUGAAGGACCUGCGGAGGAGCCUGCGCCCUGGUGGCCCUGGGCGGCUCCGUUACUGCACAUCGAGAUGACCACAGCCACCCCGUUGGGGGGUAACACCAUCUUCUCACUGAACAUGACCACCAGAGGAGAAGACUUUCUGUACAAGAGUUCUGGCGCCAUCAUUGCUGCUGUUGUGGUGGUUGUCAUCAUCAUCUUCACCGUGGUUCUGAUCUUACUGAAGAUGUACAACAGGAAAAUGAGAACGAGACGGGAGCUGGAACCCAAGGGCCCCAAGCCAGCUUCCCCUUCUGCCCUGGGCGCAAACAGCAAUAGCAGCCAACAGCCUGCAACGGUGACCUUCAGCCCUGUUGAUGUCCACAUGGAGACUCGGUGA